UUGCCCAGUUUACUUAGGAUCAUGCAACUAGUAGGAUCGUGUUGAAGAGCACGUCAAUCAGAAUUUAUUCAUUGACUCAUUUAUUUAUUACUUUUUAAUUUCUUGUGUUCACUUGAGUAUUAUUAUCGAUUUAGUUUAUUUUAUUCUUCAAUUUUUAGUACAAAAUGGAACCAAACAUUUCGAAGUCAUUAAUGAACUUCAUUGUUCUCUUAAUCACCAUACAAUUCUCGGUUGCGAAAUUUAUAAAUUUCGAUUCAAACCGCUUAAAUGUGAUAGCUAAACAGUUGGAUGAAAAAAGAAUAGAUUACUUGGGUGAAAUGGACACGAAUUACAUCACUGAUAAUGAUGAUUAUCUGGAAAAUUCAAUGAAAAUGAAUCGGCUGUCGAAAAGGACGAAUAUAAACAUAACUGGUGGACCUACGGUGCUUUCAGUUGGAGAUUCGACUAUAUUGAAAUGUAGUUCUUUGGGAUCGCCAUCUCCCCUCAUUUAUUGGGUUCGCCAAGAAGAAUUAAACCACUUUAAAGAAAUGAUGCAAAGACAUCCAAAAAUGAUGAACAGCAAAGUAUCCACAUCUGAUAAUAUUGGAUUAACUGAAUCUAAAUAUGUAAUAGAUUGUGCUACCAAAAAGGAUGAAGGAGAAAUUUUCUGCAUUUCGAUAAUUGAUGAUGAAAUACUUACAGCAUCUGUAAAUAUUACAGUUAAUUCAUCAGGAACUGGUGCUUACAAAAAGUAUUGUGAUGAAUUUCAACGUCCUGUGAUAGUAGAUAAUUUAAAAUUCUUGUUUGCUGAACAAGGAGGUACCGUCUCACUUCCAUGUGGUGUGAGAAAUGUCUUAAAAUCCAACAUCGACUGGCUGACACGUGAUGGUCAACGAGUAAUUGAUUUAUAUCCAAAUGCUCAUUCUCAGCCGUGGAAUGGUGAAUUAGUAAUAACAGAUAUUAGCUUUCGUAACAUGAAUGAAUAUUUUUGUGUAGCAGUCUCUGAAAAUGGAAGAGAUGAAGUGAAAACAUUUUUAUAUCCUCUAUUAGCGGAAAAACAUAAGGACUAAAGUACACAGAUUAUAGAACGAUAUGAAAAGAAAUCAAUAGCAACUAAAAGUACUUGAGAUGCACCUGUUUCUAUAUAGUUAAUAGGUAUUAUAUAGCUGACUAUUGUGGUAAACUUGACAACUGUACCAGUAACAGAUGUAUAACAUGCGUAAACAAUUUUAUGCAGUGUAAUUAUCUAGUCACUUCGUGUUAGGUGAAAAUGUAUUCAUUUAUCUGGCCGGCCCAUAGUCAGUAAUUAUUAUUAAAUUAUUAUUUUUCAUUUAACUUUAAUAUACAAAACAAAAAACAUUCCUGUAAAAAAGAUGAUGUUGAAUGCAUGUCAAAUUACUGAAUUUUUUUGCGAAUUAGUUAAUAAUGUUUAUCAAAUCUACACAAUUUAAUUCAUUUUUCAAUUAUUUAAUUUAUAAAAAUUAUUUAAAAUUGAGUUAUUGUUCAUCAAUGAAUAUUAUAAUAUUAGAUAAUUAACAAUUGAUAUUAACUGUGCAAAAAUACGAUCCAAAUGUAUGGGUUAAAAAUUACUGGUGAUCGUUGCAAUUAUGUACUUAUUACAAAAUAAAUGUAUUUUAUUAUACUGUAUAUUAUGCAAA